GAAAAGAUGGCUCGUACCAAGCAGACGGCCCGUAAGUCCACUGGUGGCAAGGCUCCCCGUAAGGCCCUCGCCUCCAAGGCCGCCCGCAAGGCCGCCCCCUCUACCGGCGGUGUCAAGAAGCCCCACCGUUACAAGCCUGGUACCGUCGCUCUGCGUGAGAUCCGUCGCUACCAGAAGUCGACUGAGCUCCUGAUCCGCAAGCUGCCCUUCCAGCGUCUGGUUCGCGAGAUUGCUCAGGACUUCAAGUCCGACCUGCGCUUCCAGUCCUCGGCCAUCGGUGCUCUCCAGGAGUCCGUUGAGGCCUACCUGGUCUCCCUGUUCGAGGACACCAACCUGUGCGCCAUCCACGCCAAGCGUGUCACCAUCCAGUCCAAGGACAUCCAGUUGGCCCGUCGUCUCCGUGGCGAGCGCUCUUAG